CGAGACGACCGGCCGGCUCCGCUCGGUCGACUGCCCGAGCUAGCUUUAGCUGUCCUGGAAAUGGGAAAGCCAGAAAAUGUCAUUUCACCAAGAAAUAUCUGAGAUGUGCAUGAGACACUACGAGAGAUCAUUACCAAGGAAAGGUAAGCCAGAAAAUGGACGGGAAUGGACUUUACUGGCUGCAGUUUUACAACAAUCGAGAAACGGUUCAGAAGGAGAAUGGAAAGUGGUGGCCAUGGCAUCAGGCUCAAAGUGCAUAGGUGCCUCAAAGAUGAGCAAAACAGGUGACAUACUGAAUGAUAGUCAUGCAGAGGUUCUGGCAAGGAGAGGCUUCCUCAGGUAUCUCUAUCAUCAGUUGAGAUUGGCUUUGAUGGGUUGUCAUGACAACAGCAUCUUUUCAGGCCCAGGAGGAGAUGGGAGAUGCAGGCUGAAAGAAGGAGUGAGAUUUCAUUUCUAUACCAGCCAUACCCCAUGUGGCGACGCAUCUAUAUUCCCAAAAGCUGACCAAGGUUGUACAGACACCAAGACAACGUCAGAGCACGAAGUUAGACAGAACCUUCCAAUCAACAGUUCCAUGGUAAAUUCAAGUAAGAGGAAGGCGGAAGAAGAUGAGUCACAUGGUUCCAUUCUCCCGAUGGCACAGAAAAUAAGACCGGAUUCAAGCUGUCACUGUGGAGCAGAUAGGAUGCUGCAUCUGGAUUAUGCAGGAGACAGUUUGGAGCCCAGCUCAAGCCCUGCUGAUUCAAAAAAUAAAAACUGUAUCAAGAAAAAAGCAUGUUUCAACAAACUUGGAGAAAAAUGUGCAUGCUCACCUAGCCCUAAUGAUGAUAGUGACACUUCAAAAGAGCUUUCAAGAACUGCUGAAAAGCAACCUAACAGGUUUGAGCCUUCUAAUCUGAAUGAAGAAGUGCUAUCCAAGAGUAAGGAUCAUUUAUUCAAAUGUGAUACUCUGGGAAAUCCAGGUGUCCAGGAUUCAGACAAAUUAAGGGAGUGCCCUUCUGGAUUUUCAUCUGUAAAAAGUGAAAAACCAGUAACUUUUGAAACUUUGAACACUUCACAAGAAUCAAUGAGUGCUUCUGAAGAAUCACCAUCUUGUCAAUGUACUGUCCGUACUGUACAUAGUAGUGCUUCCGAAAUAACAAAUUCAAUACCCGUACCACCAAAGAAAGAUAUUUACAGGACUGGUGCUAAGCCAACACCCAUUGGACCUCAGGAGAAGCGCUCAGGGGGCGAAGAAUACCAUAUUGUUGGACUCCUGCGAAUCAAACCAGGUCGUGGGGACAGGACUAUGUCAAUGUCUUGCAGUGAUAAAAUGGCAAAGUGGAAUGUUUUAGGUCUACAGGGGGCUCUGCUGUCCCAUUUCAUCUCAGAACCUUUGUAUUUAUCAUCAGUAACGAUUGGAAAGUGUCCAUAUAGCAGUGAUGCCAUGCAUCGUGCCAUCAUUGGAAGAGUGCAGUCUGUGAGCCAUCUUCCACCUGGUUACCAUCAGAACUCGCCUACCGUGAUGCAGUCCAAGGUCAUCUUCCCAGACUCUAAGGGGGAGGUGGGGAGGAGGAGAGAUCCAGGAAAGGGCAAGAUGACUCCAGCUGGAGCAGCUAUCAUUUGGAGUGAUGUACCUGAGCAUCCCUUUGAGGUGACAGCCAAUGGAAAGAGACAAGGUACAACGGCUAAGAGGUGGAAUGAUCCCCAAUCAAGGAGCAAAAAUUGCAAGUACGAACUCUUUCGUCUCUUCAAGAAGCUUUUAGCAGAUGUACACAAGGACAAGUUGCCCCAGACACUUCAAUGCCACGCAGACCUCGAGACAUACCAUGAUUUCAAGAUGGCCGCCAGUCACUACCAGAAGGCAUGGACACAGCUUUUAAAGGUUUUCAGCUCAUGGGUUACAAAGCCGGUUGAAUUAUCCCAGUUUCAAUGAGCAGGGCACCGUUGCACAGAGAUCAGAUCUUUGGCACAAUCCGCUGUGCAUGAAAAUUUAUAAACAAAUUCAAAAUAGUGCUUUGCAAAUUUCACUUUGACAAUUUUCUCCUCAAGCACCACAUUCUCUUGUUCAUUAUAAUGUUUGAAAUGUUUUGCGGGUGUGGUAUUAAAGUUAAAACGGAUGUUAAGAACCCCAUUCAGUGCAAUGCCUUGUUACACUGCUACUUUUAUUGUUCAAAGUUUUCAAAACAUCAUUUUUUAAUAUCAUGUUAAAAUCUACAACAAAAUAAGAGUUUUGUUUUAUAAAGGUCAACAUUUUGCUUGCUCACAACAUUUGAGAAUUUUUGCCCCAAACGCCAGCUCUGGCCCCUCAAAUGCCUCAUUACACUACUGCAGGGCAUACUCAAAUGUCACAUAGAAAGCAUAUUGUUAUAUUUCAUUGUAAUAGUAAAAUAUUAUCAUUCUGAGCAAAUUUUUGAUGGCAUUUUAUUCAUUUUUUGUAGCGGAGUAUAUUGAGUAGUACCUGACCAACAUCACAAUAACAUUACCAACGCAACCAUUAUUGAGAUGACAGUAUUCUCACAGAAGUUAAGAAUUUAAAUUUCUAAUUUAUUUAAUUUUUACCUAUGUCUGCUUUUAUAAUGUCUAUUUCAUAUUCUUUUUUUUUAAAUAACUUCCAAUGUGGCUGGUGAUCUUUUGCCAAGUCCUGGCUCCCUGCUUGAAAUAUCAUACAUCGCUGGUCUUUGAACUCGGCAUCUCUGAAAAUGAAUCACGAGAUUUUUAUCGCAUGGAACAACCUAGUCCAUGUGAGGUUCUCUUAAGUAAUAGCAUACUGUGCAAGAUCUGCUGAAAUAGCUUUCAGGAAAGAAAUGCCCUCAAUGAUGCACUUUUGUCUAUUUUUGUUUUGUCUAUUUUGCAAAUUUUGACAGUAAGUAAAAAUAAAAGCUAUUCUUUCUGAAAGUAAAGUUACAAUUUGGUAAGUUAUUGUAGGUUAUUUUAUAAGCUCGCUUGGUAUACAUUUACAACUUUUGGAAUUGAUAGAAAACACUUAAUAUGUCAAAGAAAUGUUUGAAAAUAGUUUAAUAUAGAUAUAUCACCUGGAGACUGUUUCUUAGUAUUUACAACGAUUGUGCAAUCGGAAAUAUUGUAUAAAGAUCUUUGAGAGACUGUGAUGGGAAAUAAACUAUUUGCACUAAUUUGUA